AUGUCAUUUGAAAAUACUAAUACUAACGAAGUUAAUUCUUCUGUUACUAGUACUUUAUUAUUUCCUGCUCUUCCAGAAGACCUUGAUGAUAAAAAUCUUUUACUAUGGCUAAAAAACCAAUAUGAUAUUGUUCGUGAAAGAUAUCAAACAAAACUUCAACGCCCUACAAAACAUCCUGUUACAGGAAAACGCCUUUCAAAUAUUCCACUUGCACUUGUUACAAAAGUUCCUGAACGAAGUGUUAGACUACUUAAAAAUAGUGAAUAUCGUUCAAAAAGAAGUAUUAAUAAUAUACCAGAGAACAUUCAAGAAGGAUGGUUUAAUGAGGCAGCUGCAAAAUUUAAAGAAUUUUCUCAUACAGAACCUAAUUGGGUAUAUCAUGAAGCACUUCGUCAAUGUAUAAAUAAUAGAGAAGAAGAAGAUGGUGAUUCAAAUACAGAAGAAAAUAGAUAUGAUACGAGAAUCAGAAUAUCAUCUGGAUCAAAUUCUUCCGAAGAUGUACUGGCUCCAAUUGAAGAAAAAGAAAACAUCGUCCACAAGCAAAAAAAAUCGCAAAGACAACAACAAAAUGACUAUGCAGUUUCUAGCGAUAAAGAAAUUUGCCAAACUGAUGCAACCAACAAGCUCAAAUUGAAAAAGCCUCAUGAUAAUACUGCAUCACAAAAUGAGCGUUUGCUUCGAUCCGCCAAGAAGACAACUUCACAAGAACUUUCAGAAGUUGGAAAGAUGAACAACCUGAAGCAGUCAACAAAAUCUAAUUUGUCCAAUGGCAAGAAUAGCAAAAAAUAUCGUGGCAAAAAAAG